AUGUUUGGUAACGUUCAUCACGUAACAAGGCAUCUAAACCCUGUCAGGGCAAAACCAGGUCGCUUCUUCUGUUCAAUCCAGGUUCUGUUUCAUUCUUCUGUUGAUUCCCAUGAAUGGUACAGAGACAAACUCUCAGUUCUGACAAAACUAACACGUGCGUUAAAAGACGUUGAUUUAGUGGACGGGAAGCUAGAGGACAUCAAUGGCAUCAUCAUCUAUGAUGACACUAUCAAACAGAAGAUGCAAGCUUUCAAGUCUUUAGCUAGAAUCUUCAUUGGUUCUCCUUCACUUCAGCAGAAGCUUAAGAAACAUGGGCGGUUAGUUUUCGGUACUGAAAGCGAAAGAGAGCCGUUGGUUGUGAAUUCAUUGACCAAAGUUUGCAACUUUCUUGACAUCUCUGCGCAACAGAGGAAGCUUGUGAGGUGUACUGUGUGUUCACAGGUGACUCAGUAUCGUAUCUGGAGAGGUGCUCUUGAAGAUGUAUUGAAUGGUCUUAAAGAUGAAGUUGAUUGGUUAGUUGAACAUAGGGAGAAGACACAAGGCGCGAAGUUGGGCCAGCAAGUGAUCUUGUCUUGCCUCAAGUUUUUAUCUGAGUCAUCGGUUUCUUAUGAAGCUGAGAACUCAACUUCUUGGAUGCGGCCUGUGCCAGCUAGAUACGCUAAAGCAAACGCUUCUGCGAAGUGGGAAGAUGUUCUUGACAUGGUGAAUGAUCUGAGAAGGUAUCUGGAACAUGACGAAGGAAUCAAUGUACUUUACCAUCUGGAGAAGCUUUUAUCGAUGAAAGAAGGGCUUCUACAGAUCAAAGAUGUGUUUCUGGACAACACCAUUGGAUUCAGAGAGGUUAGGCAUCAAGAGCACCUUGUGCAUAGGAAGCUUUCAAAGAUGUUGGGAAGUCCUUCGCCUUGUUUGUUCACUCUCCUCAUGUAUUUCCUCUACGGCCGUGUGCGUGACAUGGAAGUUGAUCUAUGUGGAGGGUUUUAUAAGGAGAAGAACGACUUCUUUUGCUUAAGCAUGGGGAGGAUCUUGACCUCAACUGAUGAGAAAAUGGUUAGGAGAGGGAUUAAGCAGUUAGAUAGAGCCUUAGGGAUGUUUGAGUUUGUGUGGGAAACAGCAGGAAUGAAAGAGACUCUUAACCUGCAAGGACAUUUAUGGUGCCUUGAAGCUGAAGAAAAGACCAUCACAUACCGUGGGAAAACGUUCUAUCUGCAUGACCUUAGUCUAUGA